CUGUACAGGCAUUACAACCUGGCUUGGUAUUACUCAAAAGCAAAAGCAAACGAAAAGGAAGAAAUAAGAACCAGGGAAAAGAUUGCACUGAUUCUAAAACCAUGCAAAAACUGCAAAUCUGUGUUUAUAUUUACCUGUUUAUACUGAUUGUGGCGGGUCCAGCGAAUCUGAAUGAGAACAGCGAGCAAAAAGAAAAUGUGGAAACAGAGGGGCUGUGUAAUGCAUGUACUUGGAGGCAAAACACUAAAUCUUCGAGGAUAGAAGCCAUAAAAAUUCAAAUCCUCAGUAAACUCCGCCUGGAAACAGCUCCUAACAUCAGCAAAGAUGCUAUAAGACAACUUUUGCCCAAAGCUCCUCCGCUCCGGGAACUGAUUGAUCAGUACGAUGUCCAGAGAGAUGACAGCAGUGAUGGCUCCUUAGAAGAUGAUGAUUACCACGCCACGACGGAAACUAUCAUUACUAUGCCUACAGAGUCCGAUCUUCUAACGCAAGUGGAAGGAAAACCUAAAUGUUGCUUCUUUAAAUUUAGCUCUAAAAUACAAUACAAUAAAGUAGUAAAGGCCCAACUGUGGAUCUAUCUGAGACCCGUUAAGAGCCCUACAACGGUGUUUGUGCAAAUCCUGAGACUCAUCAAACCCAUGAAAGACGGUACAAGGUAUACUGGAAUCCGAUCUCUGAAACUUGACAUGAACCCAGGCACUGGUAUUUGGCAGAGCAUUGAUGUGAAGACAGUGUUGCAAAAUUGGCUCAAACAACCUGAAUCCAACUUAGGCAUUGAAAUCAAAGCUUUAGAUGAGAAUGGUCAUGAUCUCGCUGUAACCUUCCCAGGACCGGGAGAGGAUGGGCUGAAUCCCUUUUUAGAAGUCAAAGUCACCGACACGCCAAAAAGAUCCAGAAGAGAUUUUGGGCUUGACUGUGAUGAACACUCAACAGAAUCUCGAUGUUGUCGUUACCCUCUAACCGUGGACUUUGAAGCUUUUGGAUGGGAUUGGAUUAUUGCACCCAAAAGAUAUAAGGCCAAUUACUGCUCUGGAGAAUGUGAAUUUGUAUUUUUACAAAAAUAUCCUCAUACUCAUCUUGUACACCAAGCAAACCCUAAAGGUUCAGCAGGUCCUUGCUGUACUCCUACAAAAAUGUCUCCGAUUAAUAUGUUAUAUUUUAAUGGCAAAGAGCAAAUAAUAUAUGGGAAAAUUCCAGCCAUGGUAGUAGACCGCUGUGGGUGCUCAUGAGAUUUACAUUUGAUCUAUAACUUCUUUAAGCCUGGAAGGUCUUCCCCUCAACAAUUUUGAAACUGUGAAAUUAUAUACCACAGGCUAUAAGCCUAGAGUAUGCUACAAUCACUUAAGCACAGCUACAAUAUAGAAAUAUAUGCAAUGGUUGGCGUUUAACCAUCAAAACAAAUCAUACAAUAAGAAGGUUGUGAUUUCCAGGGUUUUUUUAACUAGGAGAUCAAAUUACAUUUAUAUUCAUAUAUAACAACAUAUGCAGGUAAAUAAAAGCAGUUCUUCUUGUGUUCUGAUGAAUAGAGGAGAAUGCUUUAAAGCUUAUUUCCUUACAGUUUCAUUUAAUAGUUAGAGAAAAUCUACAGUAUCAGUAAAAUGCAGGAUUGUUAUAUACCAUUAUUUGAAUCAUCCUUAACACUUGAAUUUUUAUUGUAUGAUAGCAUACUUGGUAAAAGGAAAUUCCACAAAUACAGGGAUGGUAAAUCAUAUGCAAGUUUCCAUUCCUAUUACGAUUGAUACAGUACAUGAACAAUAACAAUCCAUGCCAAUGGUGCUAAUACAAUAGGCUGACUGGAUGAUGUUAUCAGGUUUAUUACAUAAAAAACAUUCAGUAAAAUAAUAAAUCUCUCCCUUCUUUGGGCGCAUUUUCAUGCACCUACAGGUAGUUCAAUGGAAGAAGAAUCAUUAUUCUAGUGAUCUGUGUUCAAUUUGGAGUAUACUUGGAGAAACUGUAUUAUCAAGAGGCAGAUGAAAAGUAUUCAUCAAUAUAAAAAUUUCAAAAUUAUACCCCACUUAAUUAAUACUGCAGUUUUAUGGGAAAAAUGAAUAUGACUGAUUUGAUUUUAUCAAUAUUAUAUAUAAAAAGACUAAUUAUUGCAUUUGUAUGGUAUAUAUACAACAUUGUUUUGUAAAUGUGCCUCUUUUUUAUUGACUUUGGUAUAUUUUUACAGUAAGGACAUUUCAAAUUAAGUAUAAAGGUACAAAAAUAUGUAUGACAGAAAAGCAACAGUUCAUAUUUUAGGGCAAAUCAGCAGAUUAAAUAGUGGUCUUAAAACUCCAUAUGCUAAUGGCUAGAUGGUUAUAUUACAAUCAUUUUAUAUUUUUUUUACAUUAUUAACACUCACUAUGGAUUCAUGACGACUGUAUAAUGUGAAUGAAAUUUCAAUGGUUUACUGUCAUUGUAUUCAAAUCUCAACGUUCCAUUCUUUUUAAUACUUAUAAGUAUUAUUAAGCAUACUGAAACGAUUGAACUCUAUUAUCUGAAAUGCACAAUAAUAAACUGAUGAUACCUAAAUAAAAAUUGUUAAUCUUGUUUUAUAAUUCAGUAAUAAAUGUUUGUGCAUAUACUUUUGUAAAUCAGGAUUUUAAGAAUCAAAUUAAUUGUACUUAUAAGUAAGUGAAA